GAGGCGGGCUGUUCGCUUGGCGGCGGGAGGCGCGACCCAGCGCCGGGAGCUGCGACCGCUCCGCGCCGGUAGCUUGGUGACAAGAUCCCUGUGUCAGCUGAAGCGAUGUGACUUUUGCUAAUGCAAUAGAAUGGUAGAAUGCUUAUCCUGACUGCAAGUCGAAGUGCAUGAAGUGCACGUGUGUUUUGCUAAUGUGAACAGAGAUGUUUUCGGUGUCAACUGAAUGGAUUCCAGAACUACAUCACAGAAUCUGCUCUGCAGUAAGAUGGUUUUAGACUGGCCCAUCUGGAUUUCAGUCAAUCCAGAUAAAAUAGAAAAAUAUGCUGUCGCAGUAGAAGGAUGGCCCAAGAAACUGAGGAAACAGCAACUCCUGGAGCAUGGAAAGUCCAUCACUCUAUGGUGCGUCAAUGCUUCAGGCAGCUCCUGUGAGCCUCAAAAGACGUGGAACCUCAGUGCACUGUAAAGCACCCGUGGAGCACGGAGACACCCAGCAACCUGGGUCACGGGGAGCAGCAGCACCAACCACCCGUUAUGUUUCUGCCGUCACUGAACUGCAAGAAGAAAAGGGAGAAGCGGAGCACAUGGAUUUCUAAACGCGCUGGGAUUUUAUACAUCUACAAAAAUAACGACGAGCGAACCUGACCCUCCUGAAAACACUCAAAUGAAUCGUAAUUGCAGAUCAAUGCAGAGAGAUGGGGAAACUUCACUCGAAACAUGCUGCCGUUUGUAAGCCCAGAGAAAGUCCAGAAGGUGAUAGUUUCGCGGUGAACGCCUCCCUGGCUCGCAGAGGGCUGGAGGACUGGAUGGUGAAGCAGAAAUACUCCGGGGGCGGCAGCAGCUCGGGACUCCAGCACGGCUGCCAGCACCGGGCGGUGUGCAGGCUCUCCAGCGCCAGGGAUUUAUCUGGGGAAGGCUACAGAGACACUAUUGGUGAUGAACACUUUCAUCUAGAAGUGGCUUUGCCUCCAGAGAAGACAGACGGAGUUUGCAGUGGAGAUGAAAAGAAAGCAGAAAAAGAAAGUGACACACGCACAGGUUCCAAGAAGCAGCUGAAAUUUGAAGAAUUGCAAUGUGAUGUGUCUGUAGAGGAAGAUAACAGGCAAGAAUGGACCUUCACUCUGUAUGACUUUGAUAACAACGGAAGAGUCACCCGCGAGGAUAUUACCAGCUUGCUUCACACCAUCUAUGAGGUAGUUGAUGCCUCAGUAAACCAUUCUCCUAGUUCCAGCAAAACGCUGCGGGUGAAGCUUACUGUGGCACCAGACGGCAGCCAGAAGAAGAGGAGUAUCUUGUUAAAUCACACGGAUGUGCAGAGCGCCAGGCACAGAGCGGAGAGCAAAGCGAACGAAGAAGGGAGGAGCGCUGAGAAGAAGCAGCGGGCUGCUCUCAGAUACCACCAGAGUGAGAACAACCCAGAGCAAAGUGGGUGCUACCGCCAUUGCGUCGAUGAGAACAUUGAAAGGAGAAACCACUAUUUGGAUCUUGCAGGAAUAGAAAACUACACAUCGAAGUUUGGGCCAGGAUCUCCUCCAGCAGCUCAAAAACAUGACCCACCAAGCCGCGUUGUGAAUCAGACCAGAUCCCGUUCUCAUGAACCCGAAACCUUCCACGCUCACCAUAGGAAAUCUCAAGUGGUGGAUCCGAGCCACGUCCAUCUAGCUGAGAGUUCGUACGCCAAGAUUGCCGAAAUCCAACAGCGGCUCCGGAACCAGGACUCCAACAAGCACUUUGUGAGGUCUCCCAAGGCCCAGGGCAAGAACGUUGCCGCUGUGCAUCCUGGAAGGGCGGUCAGAAAUAAACCUUUUCCGGGGGCGCCCGUGGCCAUGGCUUCCCCGAGCGCACGGGUGGGCCAGAAUCUUCCUUACCUCCCCUUGCAGUCCCAACAGCUUCACAAGAAGCAUAAGCAGAGGGCGAAGGAGAAUCACCAAAUGUGCAAAAACUUCCAGUCUCCGGGGACAGUUGUGGAGAAGGAACAUGUGAGAGACCUGCCCACGGUCAUUUUAUAUGAAGGCCAAGUUGGACAAAUGAUACAGAGACACGAACACCACCACCACCACGAGCACCACCACCACUACCAUCACUUCUACCAGACAUAGAAGAGAUCCCACCGACAUCCUCCAGGAAUCAUCCCACAUGAAGGAAACGCGUUCUUGUGAUACCAGGACUAAGGCAUUACUAUGAUUAAUAUUAUUGUUACUCCAUUAAUAUUCAGCUAGCAUAUAUUUUAGAGGUCACAUGGAACUCUUGAAACUUACCCUAUUUAUAUGUUGUGGAACUACAUAGCUUACUUAAACACCUUGUGGAUUCUUUUUUUUUUUAAGUGGCUUGUGAAACAGCAAACAGCCAUAGCUCUUUGAGCUGUGAUUUAAUACAGGUCGUCAACGCACUUCUUCACAAGUACUACUCGGCGGUAGUAGGAAAGAUGCUUCAAACACUCUUGCAGACGUCUAGCGAACCUGUCUGCUGUGUGUUGGCUGAUCGCGCACAAGCCUUUUAUCUGGGGAGCAAUGUUCGAAGGGUUGGACUCCAGAGAUACUCAGAAUAACAGAAAAAUACAAACAGCUGCUACCUCUAGUAUUAUUCAGAUUUUAUUUUCUUUUUAUUGAUUGUAAUGUGCGAUGGGGGGGCGGGGAUUUAAUAUACUGCAUUCGUGUAGCCUGUUUGUGUUCACAUCCUUUCAAAUUACCUUAAUAAUUACAAGGAAACAUUAGCUAUACCUGUCAACAGAGCUACAUUUGUAUGACUUACACUUUAUUUUCUUCUUCACUGACACAAGUACAGUCUGUUAUAUACUGGGUAAUAUUUAAAUAUACUUCUUCUAUUUUUUUUUCCCUUGCUUACUCUCCGUUCUGUUUGGGGUAACCAUUUGAAAAGAGGAGGAUGUGAAAUGGGGUUUUCAAAAGCAUCACUAGACUUUAGUGCUUGGGCCACAUCGUCAGUGGGGGUUUGGGAAGGAGAGGGGUCGCUUGGGUGUUUUGUUUUGUUUAAAUCCACAGUUCUUUGUUUUGAGAAAGAAUUGAGGAAAAUAUACUUUCUCACUUUAAAUGUUGGCAAAUAUAUAUAAAAUAUAAAUAUAAAUAUAUAUAUAUAUAAAUAUGCACACUCAGGUACAUUUUGUUGUGUUUUAGAAAUCUGUGGUUUGAAUAUUAACAUAAUUUUUUGUUUUUCUCCGCAAGAGUGACUUUUUAGAAACAUGUGCCAUGGCAUUUUCUUAGGUGCCUCCAAUUUAAAUUUUCCCAGCACCUACCAAUUUGUGCUUCUCCCAUUUUGGAGACAAUUCAACAUGUAAAAAAACCAUCAUUCGCAAUCAUUCUGGCCUCUUCUACUUUUUGUGUGUCGAAAGGCUUCCAUUCCAUGAAGGAGAAUGAGACCAUACUCACAAGACCUUACUGGCUGCUGAGAAAUUUGAAGGUCAAAAGCAAAUCGGAAAAGUGAACGAAAGGGUCGGUACGUUCACGUUUUACUUUCUGUGGGGCCCAGAUUUAUAAUAUACGUUCAGUUGGGUUUUGUACAGAUCACCAUUUUGCAGGUAGAAAGAGACUGAGAAACACCUACGUUGCUGUUGGAACUUUACAGUAGAAAACUCCUCGCAUAAAAACAUCAUUGUUCUAUAAACAUAUUUGCUUUGGGUUUUAAUUAUUUUAAAUGUUGUGGUAUUUUGUCUAUAAUACAUAUUGUGAAAUGUAUCUAUCCCACAUUGUUAUAAACCCUUUACGAUUCGGGUGGGUUUUUCCUGACUAGAGUUUUGACCGGUCCCAAGUGGGGUGUUGCUUUAUUGCUGACCAGUUUUUGAGGGAUCUUGUCCUUUCUAAGAACGUGGAGACGUCACCUUUUAAAGAAAAGCGGAAAGCUUUGCCUUCUUGUGGAAUUGGAAUAGAAUCGCUGCUUCAUGGCAACCAGGUCCAUCUCUUGUCUCCCUGGAUCAGCAGUUGUUUAGACUUAUUGUCCUCUUUCAAAAAUCUGGUUUAUUUUAUUGCUUUUUUUCUAGCUGUCAACAGCGUGUUCUGUUAAAUCUGACAAGAUGUUUUUAAAAUGUGUUUGAUCUGUGUGACGACUAUACUGUUCUGUUUAUUUUUUAAAUUCCUAAAGUCCAAAAAUAUUUAUAUGCGGAAUUUUCUGUAUUGAAAAUAUGAAAAGGCCACGAAUCUGGUUAGUUACCACUGAGUUGUUCUAGUCUAAGCCUUUUUUGCUGCUUGUGUAUCAUUCUUUUUCAAUGUAUAUAUAAUUAUGGACUGCAAAAAAAAUAAGGCAUUUAUAUGUCUAGUAGAAGGAAUAAGCUUAUUUAUAUUAUAGUGUUAACAAAGUCUGAUGUAUUCAAGUGACUUACGUUAUAGCGCAUGCAAACACACGCGUGUACAUUCCGUCUGAGCAGGGAUGCCAUGCUAUUGGGUUGGAAGAUUUAAUGGCAGCUGUUCUCUUUCCAGUAGAGCACGUGCCACAGAGACGGGCAGGUGAGAAUCGCUCCGUAGCCGAUUCCUUUAAUGCAGAUUGUUGCUGAAAAGCAGAGGCCGUGCUGGAAAUCUCGUGUGAUUUCAGAACUAAGACAGGGCAGCAAAGGGGCUCUCUCAGCCCAAGACGUUUUGCCGGAAAAGAUAACAGCACCAGUAACAAAAUCACAAUGGGCCAGUGGGUGCGACCUCGCACCCGUUUCUUUUGGUUUAUUGUGUCUGGAGAUCCAAAAGACAAAUUCUACCUUGCUCGGAUUCUGUGAAAUGCAAAUACCUUGUAAUAACGUGGCAUCCCCGUACUACAACCUUACACCAGCCAUGUAUGGCCAUGCAGCAUCUAAAUACUGUGUUGCAGUUGUGUUACGUGUAUUAAGUGUGAAUAACAUGUAGCACAGUUUCUUUUCACAGAACCCUAAAUUUCCGUAUCUUUUAAAAAUGUUUGCUUUUCAGUAUUUUGUAUAGUAAAUAUAGAUGGUUUUGACUAAAUGCUUUAUUUAUUUAACAGCAAAAACUGUGCCAAGAGAACCCCCUGUUAAUUAAAGUUUUAUUAGUUCAGAAAGUA